CUCACCUCCGGAUAAAUUACGGCGUUUCCCACUCCGCGCAUGGAGCCUCCCGACCGCCUCGAGCGUCCCCUUCCUUUCCGGCGCUUUCUUGGGUUGCUUCUGGCGGUCCUGGUGUUGCUCCUGUCCUCCUGCUCCGAUACCGACUCAUUGGUUCUUCAUCCGCCACAUGCAUCGCCUCAGGCAAUACUGUCAUUUGGGAUAAUAAAACACCUGUUUGUGACAUAAUUCCCUGUGGGCUACCCCCCACCAUCGCCAAUGGAGAUUUCAUUAGCACCAACAGAGAGGAUUUUUACUAUGGAUCAGUGGUGACCUACCACUGCAAUCCUGGAAGCGGAGGGAGAAAUGUGUUUGAGCUCGUGGGCGAGCGCUCCAUAUACUGCACCACCAAAGAUGAUCAAGUGGGCAUCUGGAGUGGCCCGGCCCCUCAGUGCAUUAUACCUAACAAAUGCACGCCUCCAAAUGUUGAAAAUGGAAUAAUGGUAUCUGACAACAGAAGCUUAUUUUCCUUAAAUGAAGUUGCGGAGUUCAGGUGUCAGCCUGGCUUUGUCAUGAAAGGAUCCCCCGGUGUGCAAUGCCAGCCCCUGAACAAAUGGGAGCCAGAGUUACCAAGCUGCUCCAGGGUAUGUCAGCCGCCUCCAGAUAUCCUGCAUGGUGAGCGUACCCAAAGGGACAAGGACAGCUUUUGGCCUGGCCAGGAAGUGUUCUACAGCUGUGAGCCCGGCUAUGACCUCAGAGGGGCUGCUUCUCUGCACUGCACACCCCAGGGAGACUGGAGCCCUGCAGUCCCCAGAUGUGCAGUGAGAUCCUGUGAUGACUUCCUGGGCCAACUUCCUAAUGGCCAUGUGCUAUUUCCACCUAAUCUCCAGCUUGGAGCAAAAGUGGACUUUGUUUGUGAUGAAGGAUUUCAAUUAAAAGGCAGCUCUGCUAGUUAUUGUGUCUUGGCGGGAAUGGAAAGCCUUUGGAAUAGCAGUGUUCCAGUGUGUGAACAAAUCUUUUGUCCAAGUCCUCCAGUUAUUCCUAACGGGAGACACACAGGAAAACCUCUGGAAGUCUUUCCCUUUGGAAAAGCAGUAAAUUACACAUGCGACCCUGACCCAGUCAGCGGGAAGACCUUCGACCUCGCUGGGGAGAGCACCAUCCGAUGCACAAGUGACCUUCAAGGGAAUGGGGUUUGGAGCAGCCCUGCCCCUCGCUGUGGAAUUCUGGGUCACUGUAAAGCCCCAGGUCAUUUUCUGUUUGCUAAGCUGAGAACCCAAACCAAUGCAUCUGACUUUCCCAUUGGGACAUCUUUAAAGUACGAAUGCCGUCCUGAGUAUUAUGGGAUGCCAUUCUCUAUCACAUGUCUACUUAACCUGGUCUGGUCAAGUCCCAAAGACGUCUGCAAACGUAAAUCAUGUAAAACUCCUUCAGAUCCAAUGAAUGGAGUGGUGCAUGUGAUGACAAACAUCCAGGUUGGAUCCAGAAUCAACUAUUCUUGUAUUACAGGGUACCGCCUCGCUGGUCAGUCAUCUGCUGAAUGUAUCCUCUCAGGCAAUGCUGCCCAUUGGAGCACAAAGCCACCAAUUUGUCAAGAAAUUCCUUGUGGGCUGCCCCCCACUAUCACCAAUGGAUAUUUCAUUAGCACCAACAGGGAGUAUUUUCACUAUGGAUCAGUGGUGACCUACCACUGCAAUUCUGGAAGCGGAGGGAGAAAUGCGUUUGAGCUCGUGGGCGAGCGCUCCAUAUACUGCACCAGCAAUGAGGAUCAAGAGGGCAUCUGGAGUGGCCCGGCCCCUCAGUGCAUUAUACCUAACAAAUGCACGCCUCCAAAUGUUGAAAAUGGAAUAAUGGUAUCUGACAACAGAAGCUUAUUUUCCUUAAAUGAAGUUGCGGAGUUCAGGUGUCAGCCUGGCUUUGUCAUGAAAGGAUCCCCCCGUGUGCAAUGCCAGCCCCUGAACAAAUGGGAGCCAGAGUUACCAAGCUGCUCCAGGGUGUGUCAGCCACCUCCAGAAAUUCUGCAUGGUGAGCAUACCCAAAGCAAUCAGGUCAACUUUUCACCUGGGCAGGAAGUGUUCUACAGCUGUGAGCCCGGCUAUGACCUCAAAGGGGCUGCUUCUCUGCACUGCAUACCCCAGGGAGACUGGAGCCCUGAAGCCCCCAGAUGUACAGUGAAAUCCUGUGAUGACUUCUUGGGUCAACUCCCUCAUGGCCAUGUGCUGCCUCCACUUAAUCUCCAGCUUGGGGCAAAAGUGUCCUUUAUUUGUGAUGAAGGGUUUCGCUUGAAGGGCAGUUCCGUUAGUCAUUGUGUCUUGGUUGGAAUGAGAAGCCUUUGGAGUAACAGUGUUCCUGUGUGUGAACAAAUCUUUUGUACAAAUCCUCCAGCUAUCCUUAAUGGGACACAUACAGGAACUCCCCUUGGAGAUAUUCCCUAUGGAAAAGAAAUAUCUUACACAUGCGACCCCCACCCAGACAGAGGGAUGACCUUCGACCUCAUUGGGGAGAGUACCAUCCGCUGCACAAGUGACCCUCAAGGGAAUGGGGUUUGGAGCAGCCCCGCCCCUCGCUGUGAACUUUCUGCUCCUGCUGGUCACUGUAAAACCCCAGAGCAGUUUCCAUUUGCCAGUCCUACAACCCCAAUUAAUGAGUCUGAGUUUCCAGUUGGGACAUCUUUGAAUUAUGAAUGCCGUCCUGGGUAUUUUGGGAGUAUGUUCUCUAUCUCCUGCUUAGAAAACUUGGUCUGGUCAAGCGCUGAAGACAACUGUAGACGAAAAUCAUGUGGAACUCCUCCAAAACCCUUCAAUGGAAUGGUUCAUGUAAACGCAGACACCCAAUUUGGAUCAACAAUUGAUUAUUCUUGUAAUGAAGGGUUUCGACUCAUUGGUUCCCCAUCCACUACUUGUCUCGUCUCAGGCAAUAAUGUUGCAUGGGAUAAGGAGGCGCCUAUUUGUGAGAUCAUAUCUUGUGAGCCACCUCCAACCAUAUCCAACGGAGACUUCUACAGCAACGGUAGAACUUCUUUUCACAAUGGAACAGUGGUAACUUACCAGUGCCACACUGGACCAGAUGGAGAACAGCUGUUUGAGCUUGUGGGAGAACGGUCAAUACACUGCACCAGCGAGGAUGAUCAAGUCGGGGUUUGGAACAGCCCUCCACCUCAGUGUGUUUCUGUUAAUAAAUGCACAGCUCCAGAAGUUGAAAAUGGAAUUAGAGUGACAGCAAAUAGGAAUUUAUAUUUCCUCAAUGAGAUCGUGAGAUUUAGAUGUCAGCCCGGCUUUGUCAUGGUAGGGUUCCACGUCGUGCAGUGCCAGACAAACAACAGAUGGGGACCCAAGCUGCCGCACUGCUCCAGGGUGUGUCAGCCACCUCCAAAAAUCCUGCAUGGUGAGCAUACCCCAAGUGAUCAGGACAACUUUUCACCUGGACAGGAAGUGUUCUACAGCUGUGAGCCCGGUUAUGACCUCAGAGGGGCUGCUUCUCUGCACUGCACACCCCAGGGAGACUGGAGCCCUGAAGCCCCCAGAUGUGCAGUGAAAUCCUGUGAUGACUUCCUGGGCCAACUCCCUCAUGGCCGUGUGCUGUUUCCACUUAAUCUCCAGCUUGGAGCAAAGGUGUCCUUCGUUUGCAACAAAGGGUUCCGAUUAAAAGGCAGGUCUGCUAGUCAUUGUGUUUUGUCUGGAAUGAAAGCCCUUUGGAAUAGCAGUGUUCCAGUGUGUGAUCAAAUAUUUUGUACAAAUCCUCCAGCUAUCCUUAAUGGGACACAUACAGGAACUCCCCUUGGAGAUAUUCCCUAUGGAAAAGAAAUAUCUUACACAUGCGACCCCCACCCAGACAGAGGGAUGACCUUCGACCUCAUUGGGGAGAGCACCAUCCGCUGCACCAGUGACCCUCAAGGGAAUGGAGUUUGGAGCAGUCCCGCCCCUCACUGUGAACUUUCUGCUCCUGCUGCCUGCCCACAUCUACCCAAGAUCCAAAACGGGCAUUACAUAGGAGGACACAUACCUCCAUAUCUACCUGGUACGAUAAUCAACUACAUUUGUGACCCCGGCUACCUGUUAGUGGGAAAGACCUUCAUUUUCUGUACAGACCAGGGAACCUGGAGCCAACUGGAUCAUUAUUGCAAAGAGGUAAAUUGUAGCUUCCCACAGUUUAUGAAUGGAAUCCCGAAGAGCUUAGAAAUGAGAAAAGUAUAUCACUAUGGAGAUUAUGUAACUUUGGAGUGUGAAGAUGGGUAUACUCUGGAAGGCAGUCCCCGGAGCCAGUGCCAGGCGGAUGACAGAUGGGACCCUCCUCUGGCCAUAUGUACCCCUCGUGCACAUAAUGCUCUCAUAGUUGGCACUUUAUCUGGUACAAUCUUCCUUAUUAUAUUCACCAUUUUCCUCUCUUGGAUAAUUCUAAAGUGCAGAAAAGGGUAAGUAUACCCAUAUUAUCCCAAGAAAUGUAAACUGUACUUACCCCUCCUGGAAGUCAAAAGAAAGUAAAAGGCAAACAAACUCAUUGCUACAUAAACAGAUGUGGUAAUUCUUAUAAAAGAAGGCCCUUGACAAACAGUAUAGACGAAGGGGUAUUCAUACUAAAGGCAAUAUAUAGGAUAAUAAAAACAAUUGUUUAAAAAACCAGCAUUUUGGCCAGGUAUGGUGACUCAUGCCUAUAAUUUCAGCAUGUUGAGAGGCCAAGGUGGGCAGAUCAGGCCAGAGAUGGGCAAUGUGGUAAAACCCCAUCUCUACUAAAUAUACACAAAAUUUGCCUGAUAAGGUGGCAUAUGCCUGUAAUCCCUGCAACUUUGGAGGCAGAAGCAUAAGAAUUGCUUGAACCUGGGAGGUGGAGGUUGUUGUGAGCCAAGAUUGUGCCACUCUACUCCAGCCUGGGCAACAGAGUGAGACUCCAUCUCAAAACACACACAGCAUUUUUAAAAGGAAUUGAGUUUUACAAACAGUAGGCAGAAGGAGUUCUUAAAAAGGUGUUCAUGAGGCUGUUGAUAUCCUAGUUUUGCUAAGACAUUGCAGACACUGACCUCUAAGCCCAGAUCCUAUCAUAGCACUAGAAGUUAGAUUGGGUCUCUUAUGGCACACAUAUCAUAUUGGCAUACAUAGGCUGCC